AACAGCUAGCAUCAGGAAGUCCAGCGGUCACAAUCACACUGUAUCCAGUGUCACCAUGAACCUGUUCUUGGCGGUGAUGACCGCCCUGGUGGUGCUGACUACCCUCUUGGUGGGGUCGUCCCUCGCUGACCCUGAACCCUUGGCCUUGGCCCUGGCCCUCCCAGACCCGGCCGCUGACCCUGUAGCAGAUCCUGCCGCUGACCCUGCUGCUGAUCCUGCCGCUGACCCUUCCGCUGACCCUUCCGCUGACCCCUAUUACCGCAGAUUCGGCCAUUAUGGCUACGGUCGUCAUCGGCACUUCGGUCACCGCUACCCUGGUUAUUACGGUGGCUAUGGCGGCUAUGGUGGUUAUGGCGGUUAUGGCGGUUAUGGUGGUUAUGGCGGUUAUCCCUACUCUGGCUAUGGCGGUUAUGGCGGUUAUGGUUAUCCUUAUGGUGGCGGCUUUGGUUUUUACAUAGGAUAAUUUACGAGAGGCACCAGUAACAGCCUAACCUUACCUUGGUGACCCACCUUAACCUUAAUGACCUUGAUUAUCGUGAUGACCUUCACUUCUUUCUGGUAACUUUACUGUAUCUUAAAACCUGUUGGUGAAGUCAACCUGAUCCUUUAAACCUGUGGCUGAAGUUAUGAUGAAGCUUCGUACAGAGCGAAACAUGCCUUGGGGAAGAUCUAAACAAAGCGAAACGUUGUCCCAAUGAAACCUAGCUCUGCAGCCCUGAGUCUUAAGUCUUAGGAGUUCUCUGACACACCUAAGUCUGUGGUCAUAACCUUCAAGACCUCACUUAAUUGAAACUUGGCUUUAAAAGACCGCAAUUUCGAAAACGAUAGAAUCUAAAUAUUGAGUCCCAUCCUCAUCCUCAUCAUCCUGGUGGCACCAAUACCCAUCAGGGUCGUACAGUGCCUGAGAAAUGGGAAAUAAUCAGGCUUGACUCGAGGAAGUAACAGCAAGCCCUUAACAUGCAUGCAGAACAACUCACCUUGACGGGACCUCCAAGAACUCGACGAUGUUCUGUCGAGUUUUCACUUACAAAACUACAGAAGGCAGUCUACAUCCUCGUCUAAACAAUGUCUUGUUUGUGGCCGAAUUAUUCUCAAGUCUAACUACCAUCCCCCGGCAGUUAGCAAAGGAGAGAGUGUUUGUGUGUGAACAAUAAAUUACAAGACUAUUCCAAAGG